AGUGGGUUCCAGUUGCUCCCCUCAAAACUAGCCAAGGCUCCUCUCGCCUCAUGGAGGUUUCACCCGCCUGCCCUGGUUGAGAGGGAGAAGAGCACAGGGGUGGCGCAGGGGGACCCCCAGAGUCAGAGACGAGCAGCGCACAGCCACUGUGAAGGCAGCCUAUGAGGCGCACUCCAGGCUUUGCUGUCUGUGAAAAUACUUGCCUCUUACUUUCUUGCUUUUCAAAAGUUUAUGAGCAGAGAAUGAUGAGGAAAUCACAAUAAAACAUUUGAACAAUGAAAGCCAUCAGAGCGACAGGAUCAGAUAAAGGUCUGCCCAGCUGCUUCGUGAUGCUGUGGCCUUACUGGCCCCCUUCCAGUUUAAGCUAGCAAAAGGCAGGGUUCCUUAGCAGUGGCAAUGCCUGCCCCAGUCCUGCCCCUUCCUUUUGCCCCUCGGAUGGCAAGUGUUAACGUUCCAGCCUGAGAAAUCCCAACCGCCUUCUCCUUGCAGCUGGAGAGGAGAAUCCUGCCUGGGACUCCCAGCGGGUCAUUCUGGUUGUCUUCCUGGGGGGCUGCACCUUCUCCGAAAUCUCAGCUCUUCGCUUCCUUGGCAGAGAAAGAGGGCUCAGGUUCGUGUUCCUGACCACGGCCGUCACCAACAGCGUCCGGCUGCUGGAGUCCAUGAUGGAGGCAAAGGCAUGACAGGCUCCGAGGACGGGACGGGCUCUGUGUGUGCUCUGCCUCCCCAGGAGCAUCACCCCGCCUUCCCUGGCCCUGUCCUUCUCCCAGCAAGGAAGGGUGGCCCGCUGUCCUCCUGGGCACUUGGCUCCAGCUGGACCAGGCUGCGCUUGGGGGCACCCUAACCCUGGGGCUGAGGGCCUGGGGCUUGCCUCCCUCUUGUGUAGCCCUGGUUGGGCUUUCACACCGGAUUCAUCAGCCCGUCUCUCUGUCUGUCUGUCUCUCUGAGGCAAGUUGGAUCCCACCAAUCUUGUAAUAAAAGUUUUUCCCAGCCCACUGAGCUAUGUGUCCUGGAGCCCCUUCUUCCCUCCUUGCAGGGGAGGCUUGGGAUGUGGGGAAUGGCUGCCAUUGGGAUGGAGGACCCUGACUCCUCUUCCUCCUUGGCAGUGGCAGCAGGAGAGCCUCUGCCUUCUGCUCCCAGACUCACAGUGACCCCUGGGGACAGGGUUUGGGGGGCAGGAUUUGUGCCUUCCUCCGAGGCUGAGAGAGCGUGACUUGGCCAAGGUCUCCCAGCAGGGAUUUCAUCGCUCCCUCCUUUGCCCUGGGAAAGCAGGGACGUCUCUCGCUAUUGGGCCCCUUGGGAACCCUGGCAGGACACUCCCAGAGGGCUUUAUGUACAGUUUAAAGGCUGCGAGUUCGAGUGCUGCGCUGUCAGGCCCAGCAGGGAGGAGAGAGCUCCCGGCCCCGCCCCCUCCCGCCGCAGGCUCCACCCACAGUCAGGGGCGGGGCGGCACCAGCAGCGGCCUGCUCUGAUUGGCCGGCGCCUGGCCCUUUCGCUCAGCGCGGGGCGUGGCUUCCUCUUGCAAGGCAGGGGAGCCAAUCAGGGGGCGGCGCGGAGCGUUUGAAUCUGGGGCGGAGCCAGCGGCAAACGGUUUCCUGAGAGAGAGCGAGAGGGAAGGAGACAGCGAGAGCAGCGUCGUUCGGAUGGAGAGCGAAGGAGCCCGGCCCAGGCCUCGCCCGGGAGCCAUGCGGAAGAGCGAGGCCUUGGCGAACGAGUCGGUGGCCUGCCUGACCCUGGCGCUGGGGCACCUCCGCGACAUCUGGGAGGAGAUCGGCAUCCCCGAGGACCAGCGCCUCCAGCGCACAGACGUCGUCCGGAAGCACGUCAAGGGCCUGCUGGACCUGAUGGUGGCCGAGGAGGAGCGCCUGAGGGAGCGGCUCCUGCAGAGCAUCGCCCUCUGCCGCAAGGAGCUGGCCUCUCUCUGCAGGGAGCUCCAGCUGCCCGCCUUCCAGGAGGACGAGGGGGCCACCAUCCUGCAGCUGGAGAAGGACCUGCGCACCCGCGUGGAAGUCAUGCUGAAGCAGAAGCGCGAGCGCAAGCAGGAGCUCAAGGCGCUGCAGGAGCGCGACCAGGACCUCUGUGAAAUCCUCUGCGCAGAACCCUUCGACGCCGGCGACGCGGAGGCCGUCCCCAGCCUGGCCCAGCUGGAUGCCUUCCGCCGCCACCUGGCUGCCCUGGCGGCCGAAAAGGAGCGCCGCAGGACUGAGUUCCUGGAGACGAAGCGUCAGAUCGUGCGCAGCAUGGAGGAGCUGGAGCAGAGCCCCGAGAGCAGCUUUGAGCAGGACGUUGUGUGCGAGGACGAGGAGGCCUUCUGCCUCUCCCUGGAGAACAUUGCGGCCCUCAAGGCCCUGCUGCAACAGCUGGAGAUCAGGAAGGCCCAGAAGGAAGCGCUCUGCGAGGAACUGCGCUCCAGGAUCCUGGCGCUCUGGGACCGCCUGAAGAUCCCCACGGAGGAAAGGGACACCUUUGCCCCUUACUUGGUGGGCUCCGGAUCCAAGAUCAUGAACGCCCUGCAGCUGGAGGUGGAUCGCCUGGAGCAGCUGAAGAUCCACAACCUCCGGAAUGUGGUGGAGGCCAUUCGGGUGGAGCUAGCCAGCUACUGGGACAAGUGCUUCUACAGCGAGGAGCAGAGGCACGGCUUCAGUCCCUAUUACCAAGAUGACUUCACCGAAGAGCUGCUGCAACAGCAUGAUGACGAAGUUAUGCGGCUGAAGCGUUAUUACGAGGUCCACCAAGAAAUGUUUGAAGGCAUCCACAAGUGGGAAGAGAACUGGCACCUCUUUCAGGAGCUUGAGAGAAAGGCCAUGGAUCCAAGCCGCUUCACCAACCGCGGGGGCAACCUUCUGAAAGAAGAGAAGCUGCGGGUGAAGCUCCAGAAGACCCUUCCUAAGCUUGAAGAGGAGCUCCAGGGCCGGGUGGAGCGCUGGGAGCAGGAGCACGGGGCACCCUUCUUGGUGAAUGGGCAGCCCUUCCUAGAGUACGUGGCUGAGCAGUGGCGCCUCCACCACCUGGAGAAGGAGAAAGAGCGCCAGGAGCGUCAACUCAAAAAAUCGCGCCAGAUAGAGGAAGAGAUGAUGUAUGGCAGCAGCCCCCGGACCCCCAACAAGCGGCGGGUAUUGGCCUUCACCACACCGGGCAAAAUGCGGAAGCUGAACACCACAGCUUGCACACCCAACAGCACCAUGCGCUCAGCCCUGGGAGGAUCAGUCUUCAGUGCCCCAGGAUCUCAUCCCCCUCUUUCUGGAAGGAAGCCGGCCCGCACUCCAAGCCAGACAGCCAGCAAGCCCUCUCGCCACGGACGCCUGGAGCACAACAAGGAGAACAUCUCCCAGCUCAACGGAACUGCUCUGAGCGGUGGGUGCUUCCCCACAGCCCCUCUCCAGCGCACCAGCAGAAUUAAUUCUGUUGCCAGCACCUAUUCAGAGUUUGCGCGCGAACUUUCAAAGGCUUCCAAAUCUGAGCUGGGCUCCUGCAUCCUCAACUCAACGGCUUCGAACCUCCAGGGCUGAAAGGGAGCACCAUGUGGGCAGCCUCGGCUCCCCUGCCCACCUGCUGCUUGGCCCUUUUUGCCCCAGAGGCAGGGCAGAGGUUCAACACUGCCUGCCUGCCCCCGUCCAACUGCUGCUGCUUGGCGGUGGGGCUGGGGCCACUUUUAACUGUUGCUUUUGAUGGAAUGAAAUGACUUUUUGCAAGAAUUAUAUUUUAAAGAAAAUUAAAAUGGGACAGCCUACUCUUCUGCAUAGCAAGCUAUCGUCUAAAGGGUGCCAGCAACAGGCAUUUUGAGGGGGAGGGGGCUUGGUCUUCUCAUGGGCAUCCCUUUGCAAGGCAGGCAGGUAGGCAGUCCUACCUGGCAGGGUUUAUAAGCACGCAGGUGUCCCUCAGUCCCAUUGGCAAAAUGCUGGUGGAGGGAGCUUAUUGCUUCUGCAGAAGAGGUUCUGUGCUUGGGUGGGAGGCCAGCAAAGCCAUAGCAAGCAGGAUGGAGUUCAAAGUCCUCCAUGGCCCUGCUGGGACCCACCUGAAGCCAAAAGAGCGGAGAGGCGAGUGUGACUUUGCCCCCUUGUCCCCCCAGCUGAGCUGGGCUUUGUCGCCCUUGCCUUCAAUGCCUCUGCCCACACUCCAGUCCUGCCUGCUUUUGCAUAAGGAUGGAAGGUGAGGGGGCUUCUGCUGUCCAGACUCCAUGGUCAUAGCUACAUUUGCACCUUGGUUUCACUACAAGACUUAUUUAUUUUGCAAGUAUAUGUUUCUCUUUUGUUUAUCCGCUGUUGAUCUAGCUACUGAAAUGUCUGCUGUAUAUACUUUAAAUUUGGGCCUUUGGCCACCGCCUCCGCAUGUCCUGCUGCCCUGACAGUUUGACUGUCUCCUGGCCAAAGAAAUGGCCACCCAGCGCCCCUUUGGCUUGCCUCGUUCAGUUUAGCUCUUCGUUAAAAUAUGCUAAGGUGACUUAUUAUUAUUAAUCAAAAUAAAAAUAUAUUAC